GCAUGGUGAAAAUCGCAAAUUGCGUUCUUAACAUUUGCCACACCAGAAGCUUUCUAAGUUAAUAGGUUGUACAUAGGCUGUCUGAUCUUAUAAAGAUUGAGGGAACUAUAUGUAGCCGAGAGGAUUGAGAGUGGAUUUGAUUGAAGACUUUAAAAUCUUAAAAGGAGCUGACAUUGUCAACCCUAACCAAGACUUCAAGCGCAGCACAGAAACCAGGACCAGAGGACACAGAGUUGGAAAUUAAGUGGAGAUAGACAGCACAGAGGGAAGGAGACGCUUCUUCACACAGAGAGUGGUUUCAGGUGAGAGAGAGCCAGUGAGCGAGAGCGCCCCCUAGCCCCUGUCCAUUGAAUGAAGCCUGCACUGUGUAACGGUGCAGUGAGCCUGACUCCUCCAGCCAGCAGGGAGCGCCGCCGCAGCCGCGGGGGCCAGGCGAACGCCAGCAUGUCCACCUCCUCCUCCUCCUCCUCAGAGGAGGCCUGCCAAGGGGAUACCCCCCGCGGGGGAGGAACCAUCAGAGUCUACCUACCCAACAAACAGCGCACAGUGGUGACUGUGCGUCCUGGGCAGACGGUUUAUGACAGCCUGGAUAAGGCUCUGAAGGUGAGAGGGCUGAACCAGGACUGCUGUGCUGUCUACAGACUGCUUAAAGGUCGAAAGCAGCUGACGGAUUGGAGCACUGACAUCACCCCUCUGCAGGGUGAAGAGCUUCUAGUGGAGGUGCUGGAUGACGUGCCACUUACCAUGCACAACUUUGUGCGGAAGACCUUCUUCAAGCUGGCCUACUGUGAUUUCUGUCACAAGUUCCUGUUCCACGGGUUCCGCUGCCAGACGUGUGGCUACAAGUUCCACCAGCACUGCAGCAGCAAGGUGCCCACGGUGUGUGUGGACAUGGACACAAUGAACAAACUGUGUUUAUCGAAUCUUGAUUACUCGCCCAUCCCCUUCCUCAUGCUUCCAGAAACGGAAAUACGUCGGUCCGACCCCACUUACACCCCAGAGUCUCCCGGGAUCCGCAACAAUCUGCUGUCUCCAGCCUCUGCCUUCCAGUUCCCCCUGGCCGGGGGAGAGGGCCAGUCCUUACAGAGACACCGCUCCACAUCCACUCCCAACGUGCACAUGAUCAGCACUGUGGGGUCAGCAGGAGUGGGGAUCAUAGAGGAGGUGUUAAAAAUGAACCACAGCAUUGGUGUGGAGCCUUCCCCCAAACCCUCGACCAGCCCCCCCUCUAUGGGUUCCCCAGGUAGAAGACCCUUCCCCCCGAAAUCCCCCUCGGAACACCCCAAAGAACGAAAGCAGUCUUCCUCCGAAGACAAGAAGAAAGUGCACCGUGGCGGAUGUAGGGACUCCAGCUAUUACUGGGAGGUGCACGAGCGAGAGGUGUCCAUGUUGAAGAGAAUCGUGGCUGGCUCCUUCGGGACCGUCUACAAGGGCAAGUGGCACGGAGACGUGGCUGUGAAGAUCCUCAAAGUGACGGAUCCCACUCCAGAGCAGCUGCUAGCCUUCAAGAAACGCCUCCCCCCACACAGGAAGACGCGUCACGUGAACAUCCUGCUGUUCAUGGGCUUCAUGACGAAGCCGAACUUUGCCAUCAUCACGCAGUGGUGUGAGGGCAGCAGUCUGUACCACCACCUGCACGUCAUAGAGACCAAGUUCGAGACGAUGAGGAGGAUCGAUGUGGCUCGACAGACUGCCCAGGGCAUUGAUUACCUCCACGCCAAGAAUAUCAUUCACAGGGACCUGAAAUCAAACAAUAUCUUUUUGCACGAGGGCUGGACGGUGAAGAUCGGCGAUUUUGGAUUGGCCACUGUCAAAUCCCGGUGGACUGGGUCGGAUCAGGUGGAACAGCCCAGCGGCUCUAUCCUCUGGAUGGCUCCGGAGGUUAUCCGGAUGCAGGAGAGCAAUCCCUACAGCUUCCAGUCUGACGUGUAUGGAUACGGAGUGGUCCUGUAUGAGAUCAUGUCCGGAACGCUGCCUUAUUCCAACAUCAACAAUAGAGAUCAGAUAAUCUUCAUGGUGGGUCGGGGCUACUUGUCUCCUGAUCUCACUAAGGUCUACAGUAACUGCCCCAAAGCCAUGAAGAGACUCAUAAUAGACUGUCUGAAAUUCAACAAAGACGAGAGGCCACUAUUUCCACAGAUCCUGGUUGCGAUGGAACAAGUUCAAGAAUCGUUGCCCAAGAUCGAGCGGAGUGCAUCGGAGCCGUCUCUCCACCGAGCGGUACACUCCGAGGAUCUUAACCCCCUGCUGCUGAACACCACACGCCUGCUACCGCUAUGAGAGACCAUCUCCCUGCAACACAGCACAACCAGAUAGCAGCCACUAUGAGAGACCAUCUCCCUGUGACACAGCACAGACAGCAGCCACUAUGAGAGACCAUCUCCCUGCAACACAACACAGACAGCAGCCACUAUGAGAGACCAUCUCCCUGCAGCACAGCACAACCAGAUCGCAGACACUAUGAGAGACCAUCUCCCUGCAGCACAGCACAGACAGCAGCCACUAUGAGAGACCAUCUCCCUGCAACACAGCACAACUAGACAGCAGCCACUAUGAGAGACCAUCUCCCUGCGACACAGCACAAGACAGCGGCCACUAUGAGAGACCAUCUCCCUGCGACACAGCACAAGACAGCAGCCACUAUGAGAGACCAUCUCCCUGCGACACAGCACAAGACAGCGGCCACUAUGAGAGACCAUCUCCCUGAAACACAGCACAGACAGCAGUCACUAUGAGAGACCAUCUCCCUGCAACACAGCACAACUAGACAGCAGCCACUAUGAGAGACCAUCUCUCUGUGACACAGCACAAGACAGCAGCCACUAUGAGAGACCAUCUCCCUGCAAUACAGCACAAGACAGCAGCCACUAUGAAAGACUGGGUCCAACCACAACCAGAGCCAAGAAAGAAAAAAAACAAAAACAUCUUGGUUAUUUCUUGCUAGUAUAAUCUUAAAUAGAUGCCUUUGCUUUUGCACAUAAUGCAGAAGGACCCCGAAAACCACUAAGAAUGAUCAGACAAGAACAGAUGUUGUCCUGAAUCAAGUGGCGAUUUAGUGUUUUGAACAAUCGAGGAAAAUAAGUAUGUGGUUUAAACUUCUGUGUCUUUAAAAAAAAAAAAAAAAAAAAAAAAAAACUUCUCCAA